CUCCCUUCCCGAAUGGCUGCCCUCGCCCCGACCGCUCUGCGAGUCUGGCGCCACGGCGCCCCCGCAGGGGUCCGUGGGGCUGCCCGCGGGACACGCCGGGGCUGCGUCGGGCAGGGCCGCUGCCGGCAGCGAGGCGGCUAGCCGGGGCGCGGAGGCGUGGUCUCGGGAGAGCGAGCAGCUCCGCGUGGUGCACGUCUCCCCUGUGGCUCGAGUGGCCAGGUAAACACAUCCAACACAACAGGAGGCCCAGACCCCCUCGGGUCAUGAAGAAAUCACGACGGGAGGUUGUUCAGUAGACGUCAUGAAAAAUUCAUGGCGUCGGGGGUCUGGGGAGGGGGAGGGGAGGGGAGGAAAUUCGCGGCAUCAGGAACGCAGCACACAUCAAAACACAACUCCUGCAGUCCUGGCCGCGUGACCCGGCUCCACCAGGGCACCCUGGCGCAGGUCACACGCAUAUCCACAUGUCUCCUGAAAGCCGUCCACUUCAGUGCGGACGAUGCCCUGCAAAGAACUAAACUGGUUAAAAAAUAUCCAGGCUCAUAUAAACUGCAACAUUCACAAAACAAGCUUGCACCAGAGGUACCUUGUAGUACGGAAUUGGCUGCAAGUUCUGCGUAUUCGCCUGGUGGGCGCGCGCGGUCGCGUGCCCCCAGGGUCUUCUCGCAUGGCUUUUCCUGAGGCCAGAAGGCGCAAAGGGCGGGCCACGAGGGUCCCAGGAGGGGUCCCAAACGGUCCAACAGGCUCAAGAUCGCUCCAAAACCUGAAGCCAGAUGAAUAAAGGCUCAAGAGCGCAGCAUGGCAGCCUGGAAACUCGCAGCACGGCGCAGGCAACUACAGACGAGCGCUGCAAUCUUCGAGAUGGCGGCGCGCACAAGAGAGCCGCCUCCCCCCAUCGCACCACCCCCGCGUGCACAAGGGCUCGACCUGAACACGGCUCUUCGUCCAGUGGCCGCUUCCCCCUGCUUGCUGUGCUCGUUCCGCCCCUGCUGCAGCUCGGCAUCGCCAGGACACCGCCUGGGCCGAUCCUCGGUGCGCGCCACGGGCCAGCGGGCCGACUGCGGGCACGUGCUCGGGACAGGGCAGGCGCUGCAAGAGAAGGGCAGGGGCGCGGCUGCGACGGCGGGGCCCGCGCGCCCCGCAGGCGCCUCGCGCAGGAGGGCGCCGACGGUGCUGCCGCAGCCGAGCCGCGCUGA